AUGGAGGAGGAGGCCUCCACUUCCAGUGGAACUGAUGCCUUUGCUCGGCUGCCUCCUAGUGUGAUAGAGCUCAUUUUGUAUGUCGCCGAUGCAAAUGGAUUCGCUUCUUUGGCGCUCCUGAAUCGACGAUGGAGAAAGGUCUCAGAGUCACCCUCUCUGUAUGCUCACCACUUGUCACAAUGCGCUUCACUAACAUGGGCAACGGGCCCGCAAAUGGAAGAUUCUGCUCCGACGAGGUGUUUGGCGGAUCUGAAAAGUCAAUUUCUUGAACAAAUCAGGCGCAAUGCCUUUGAUGUUUUUCUUCGCCCUCGGCGGACGUUGGUCCGUUUGCUCUCUAGCUCUAUGAGCUCGUCCACCCCGUUUCCCCAAGGCGAAGUAUUCCGCUUUGCGUUCUCGACGCAUGGGGCCUUGUUGCUAUGCAUCAGCUCAUCCCGUAUAGUGGUCUUAGAAGUCACCAAAGAUCCAAUAGCUGUGAAAUACGAGCUACAGACUCGUCGUCGUCCGCUAGGAGCGACGAUCCUGGAUGAUGGCACUCUUCUAGCUGUCCAAUCAUCUGCUCACCGUAUCAAUAUCUACCGAUUGUCAGACGAAGGUGCAAGACACUUACAAACUAUCACGCUGAACGAUCCUCCGAAAGACUUGUCCUUUGCACCAACGGGUAGUGUCUUGGCUCUGUCCUUCGAGGACUGCCUUGAGGUGUAUGCGAUUGGCGAGAGCGCCCUGGCAACCGAGCGUCGGGCUGCACGCUGCCCUCGAGUUGAUGCUCUUUGCUUCUCCCCAGAUGGCUCAAUACUUCUCGGAUCACCCACUGGCAACGGAAAGGCCGGCAUUGUCACAAUCACCGCACCUUUCGACACAGAUGUUGGCAUCGAUGCAUCGUUAGCAGAGCUGCAAAUGCGGAUGUGGACGACGCAAAUUCUAUUUCCUGACUUCAUUCCCGACUUCAGUUACGCUUGCUUCGUUCACGGGCACGAAGAGACGAACGACGGCUGGGUCAUUGCAUACGAUAAUUCUCUGGCUGCGUUUCGAUCGAUCAAAGCCGACGCAGUCAAUGCCGGGGGUGUCUUCUUUGCAACACCCUUCAUUCCUGACGAGCUUCGGGAGACGAGCCCAUUCAUGCUGCCAUCUACAGACGAGUUUGGGGAGCUACUUGCGCUAGGGUUCGAACAAUCGGCGAUCUGGGUAUACGGAGUACCCGCAAGACUUGACAGUACACCACCUGUUCCUGAAGCAGGAAGUGCCAGUGUUACAUACCUAUGCGGUGAUCAUCACGAUGAUGGACAAGCAAAUGUCUUUGAUAAUCGAGCUCAGUUGGCCAAGAUUAUUGAACAACCGAAGAAGGCUAUCAUUCGGGGUCGACAAGUGACUUGCAUGGAGGGAAUCAGCUCAGGCCGCUGGGUGAACAACGGUAUCGCCUCCCGCCAGGCAAGCCGUCGAUUUAUCGCUGUGGCACCCGGUGGAGUACGCGCUCAGCUUCUUGGCCAAGAAGAUGUUCCUGUAGAUGGUGGACGAAUUUUGAUGUUGGAUUUCGAACGGUCUACGACGAAUGGAGAGGAAAAACAACUUGACAUUGAGGUAGGCGUUACUUCGCCGAUAGUGCUGUCGGAGCCAGAUUCUUCGCUGGAUAUGGAGGUGGAGUUGGAACGGCGACGCACUCGUUUACAACGCGUGGAAACAGAUUCGGUUGUAUUCACCAGCGCCAUGCAUCAGCGUGCAACUGCGCUCUCACGAGACACUCGACGGACCCUAAGCCAGCACGCGCUUGUCGAUCCUGGCCAAGUCGCCGCUGCAGCUGAGCCGCUGGUCAACCGACGGACUCGAGGUGGUGAAGUGGUUGAAGUUCCCUAUGAUAAUACGCAACCUCGUUCACAGGACACCCUUCGCCGAGCUGCGACAGCUGCAGCAUCAACUCGAGGACGCUAUGAUCCACGAUAUCGCAGUAGUGCUGCACAUGGAAUAAUUCCACAUGAAAAUGAUGCUGACGACUGGGUCCCACCUCCACCACCCUACAGCCGCAAAGCUGAACAUUCAUUGUCGGCCGUGUUUCAGAGCUCGCUCCGCCCGGGGAGACCACUAAUUUCUGAAGGGGAGGCUGCUGGAUCAGCGCAAUCAAUCUCACGAUCUCAAACAACAUACGUUACACGAGCGAUGCUCCCGGAUCGCACGCGGCCUCAUUCAACCUUCCUGCAGAGGUUGGGUUCGUUGACCGGCUCCAGACGCACUGACAGAAGCCAGAGUAGCCUCGCCAACGGGAUGGUCGAGGCGUCUGGCCCAGAAUUUCUUGGUCAUAACAUGAUCGACCCGUACGGAACAUCACGAGAGCCUUUGAUGACGCACGAUGCCAUUUCACGUGAUCUUCACUUCCAGUCAUCUCCUUCGGCUCCUAUCAAUUCGAUCCGGCCAAAUACCUACCAUUUCACCGAUCCUGCAGAUCAUAGCCUGUCCACACAACCGCUCCCCACCCUCAGACUCCACACCGCGGAAGAGCCAACCCAUCAGGAACAAGCCGCUCUACAUGCAACGCUUCUUGGCGACAACUACCUUUCUUACUCUAUAUCCUCACCGAAUCUGUUGCACAUCCCCCAGCCAUCAGGAAACGCGUUAGACCUCACCGAGGAAGACGAGGAAGCAGACAUACCUGCCAGACAACGAUCCUUUCGCCGCCGAGCAUCAACCGAGCCUCCCAGCUUGCCUCCGCCAGCCAAUGAAGAAUGGCGAAGACGCAUUGAAAACUGGAAUGAACAGACGAUUCGAGAACGGAGUCGAAAACGAAGAAGCAAAUGUCUUGUCAUGUAG